CGCAACUACAUUAGCAGUUCUUACCUACCAAGGAAUAAGGACCGGCAAGGAUAUUAAGUCCGCUCUCCGUGUUCUACGUGCAUGAUCAUGAAGAUGAAAGCGCACUGGGAAAAGGAUGUCGACCCUCCAGGGCUUCUUCUUAGGGACAAGUAGAAUUGAUGCAAAGGAGGUGCGAACGCGAACGUUCACUCAAUUAAAUGAUGUUAAUGUUUUUACUUGUUGUUUCAUCUUCAAAGUACUGAUCCAGAUCUACUUCCAGCACAUUAUCAACGUUGUAGUUCAUCUGGAGAUACUUACAACUCACUAGAAGUCGUUUAAUAAAUCAACAACAAAAAGAACGAGUAGAACACAGAAACGAUGCUUCCUCGACCUGCAACUCGGAUCCGUUUCACCCUGGAGGAUGCUCAGGAGUAUGGCAGAUACUUGCAGUGUAUGGCUUCUUUCAAAUUGAGAUAAGGAAAUUCAACUUUAAGUUGCUCGGCUGACAUGCAUUGAUGCUUUGGAUGUUGAUUUAAGUAGCGACUCUCGUUAAUAAGUACGUAUGAUCAGUUAAAUCUACUUCUACGAGAACUGUGAUAUCUAUCAUACGGAUUAUCAUAAUAGUGAACCUUAGUACUUAAAUCCCGAACUACCAUACUGCAUGACCUAGUUCUACUUCAUACAAACUGGCGGAGCAGUAAGUAGUGGAGGAGCUGGUGCGGAGUUAAAUCCAGCAGCCGGAAGUAGAGGACUACCUGGUGGAAGCUUUGACGCAGGUGGCAACAACGUUAACGUGGGUAUGGGUAUACACAGAGAUGGCGGCGGUAAUGAUCUUGGUGGAGCACUUCCACCAAGAGGGAGCUCAUCGAUAGAAGCGGGAGGACCACCUAGCAAUGUGGUACUGGCGACACCAGCGCCGGCAGGUAAUCGUGUGCCUUUCUCACCUGGAGGAUCCUGAUCUUCUGAUGGCAUCAAUGCGACUGUGAGGAGGAUUGUUAAAUUGUGAUCAAUAAUGAGAUUAUGACCAUGACCCACGGGACCGGUCUCGUAUUCAGAAGCUGAGGAAAGAAUAUAAACCACUUCGCCAGGACCAGCACUUGUCGUCAGUGAGGCAGGAGAAGCUGGGCCAGCACUUGUCGUCAGUGAGGCAGAAGAAGCUCCUUGUUCUUGUUGUUCUGAAAAAACACCUGCUACUUGGAGAAAAC